AUGGACAAUCACACAAUAGUCAACAUAUUCCUUCUAUGGGGAUUUUCCAGUUUCCCAGACCUACAGCAUCUCCUCUUUGUAUUGAUUUUCUUCUCUCAUUUGACCAUCACAGCUGCGAAUGUGUCCAUAAUGGUGGCCAUUAAGCUCAGCCACAACCUUCAUACCCCCAUGUACUUUUUCCUCUGUGGCCUGUCCUUCUCAGAAACCUGUACCACUAUGGUAAUCAUCCCCCGCAUGUUGGUAGACUUGUUAUCAGUGACCAAGCUGAUUUCUCUCCCUGAGUGUGCCACACAGAUGUUUUUCUUUUUUGGGUUAGCAGGCAAUAAUUGUUUUAUCUUAGCCGCCAUGUCCUAUGACCGCUACACCGCCAUCCACAACCCACUGCACUACCCCAUUUUGAUGACCCAAAAGAUUUGCUUUCAGCAGAUGAUGGCCUCUUUUCUGGUUGGGAUUCUGGUUUCUCUUUGCAUCGUCAGCAUAGUAUUUAACUUGUCUUUUUGUGACUCUAAAACCAUCCAACACUUUUUUUGUGAUAUCACACCUGUGGUUUCCCUUGCUUGUGAUUAUACUUUUGUUCAUGAAAUAGUUAUCUUUUUGCUCUCUGCCUUUGUGCUUGUGGGCAGUUUUAUUUUGAUUGUGAUUUCCUAUGUCUUCAUUGUGUCCGUAGUUGUAAAGAUGCCCUCUGCAAAGGGGAGAUAUAAGACCUUCUCAACUUGCUCCUCCCACCUCACUGUGGUGUCCAUCCACUAUGGAGUUGCUUGCUUUGUCUAUUUGAGACCUAAAAAUGAGGACUCAUUCAGUGAAGACAUGCUGAUGGCUGUGACAUAUACAAUCCUGACACCUCUGCUUAACCCCAUUGUUUACAGUAUAAGAAACAAAGAAAUGCAGAUUGCCCUAAGGAAAGUACUAGGUAGUGCAAACAGAUUUAUCACUCAGAGUGUAAAUGGAAGAACUCUGAACUUAAAAAAGGGGAAAAAAAGGACAGAAUCACAGGGAUGA